AGCCUAAGGUGGUGUUUUCUAAUUUAGCAUAUUAUAAUCCUAAGCUUAGCUUGAACUACAAGUGAUCCCUCUCUAUGUUAAUCCCAGGACAAGAUUUGAUGAGGGACAUGAGUCACAUGAUGAUAAGCCACUUUCAUUUAUUCUCCAUUUUCUAAGGUUUUAUUACCUUAUUAUUUUAUAAGAAACAAAGACUAAAGGAAUUGAAAAAUGGAAUAAAUUUUUUGAAUGGGUAAGAUAGCAGAUAGCAGACACCGGAAAGCAGCCUUGUUCCUAGUCUCAUCAUCAUCAUCAGCACCUUUUACUUUGUCUGUUUCACAACUGAAACUGUAGCCUAACCUGUUUACAGGUGCCCAUCUCUUCUUUUAGCUCUCUCUCUCUCUCUCUCUCUCUCUCUCUCUCUCUUCCAUGUGUGUGUCUGCUUGGCUCGUUUUGCAUCUGAUUCAGAGAAAGACUCAAACGUUGGCUGCUGAGUUACUGUUAAUUCUAGUUUGUCCCUUUAUGUUCUCAGGAGGACUUUGCUCUUCGCUUUCUGGUGUGUUACGCCAUAAGCAUAUUGCAGUUCGCACUUGAAGAAGUUUUUUCCUUUUAAACAUGACGGCUAAUUCAUCUUUUCCCCUCAAAGAUCAGAGAGAAAAGCAAAAGUUUUUGAUUGAGGUUGCAAACACAGAAAAUCAGUUGUGGUCACUGAUCCAUUCCAAAGGUCUAUUGCACUCUGAGGUUAAGGACUUGUACCGCAAGGUGCGAUCUACUUAUGAGAAUCUCAUACUGAGUGAUCGUGACCAGUUGGAACUUCAGGACAUCGAGUAUUCUUUGUGGAAGCUUCACUAUAAGCGUAUUGAUGAGUUUCGUAAAAGAAUAAAGGGAAGUUUUGUUAAUGCAGAAAGCAAAAAAUUGGCAGUGCCACAAAAUGAUAAUCAUGUAGAAGGAUUUAAACUCUUUCUAUCAGAAGCAAUUGAAUUCUACCAAAAUUUGAUUGUGAAAAUUAGAAAACGUAACAGGCUCCCAGAAGAGUCUGUGUUCCUUACGUUUGCAGAACAGAAGAAGAUGCAGAAAUGCCAAUUUUUGUGCCAUCGGUUUUUGGUAUGUGUUGGGGAUCUUGCUAGAUACAAAGAACAAUAUGAAAAACCUGAUGCUCAAAACCGAAAUUGGUCAGUUGCAGCCACCAACUAUUUGGAAGCAACAGUAAUUUGGCCAGAUAGCGGAAACCCACACAAUCAGUUAGCUGUAUUGGCAAUAUAUAUUGGUGAUGAAUUCCUCGCUUUGUACCACUGCAUAAGAAGUUUAGCUGUUAAAGAACCUUUCCCUGAUGCCCAGGGUAACCUUAUCCUACUGUUUGAAAGGAGCAGGUCAUCUCAUUUAUAUUCUCUUUCAAGUGAGUCCCACUUUGAUUUCUUAAAUCCAUCUGAAAGAAGCAUUCUUCAGACUAUUUCAAAGUCAAGCAAUCAUAAUAUGCUGAAAGCUGAACAUAAUUGCUAUACGGAUACAAAGUUAUGGUCUCUUAUUAUUGGAACAUUAAGUUUCUUUCACAUAAAAUCAAGUGAGGACGAAUUUCCUUGUGCUUUUGCAUCUACUAUGGGAGAGUUGGAGGCAUUGAUGGCACUUGAUGAUACAAAAUUAAAAGUCACAUUGGAGUCAUACCAGCAUAUGGAUUCAGUUAGAAAAGGCCCCUUCCGAGCACUCCAAGUUGUUUCUGUACUAAUCUUUACCAUACAGAAUCUGAUUAAGACCGCAGAAAUAAAAGAAUCAAGAGACAAAAAUGAUGUGCAGCAGAAAGAGCUGACACAAUGGGCAUUGACUGCAACAUUCAUUUUCAUGGGACGCUUUGUUGAAAGAAGUUUGAAGGAUGGUGCAACAGAGACUUGCCCCCUUCUACCAGCUGUGCUUGUUUUUGUGGAGUGGUUGGUCAUUAUGCUUGAUGGGGCAGAAAUGCAUGGGGUUGAUGAAAAAAGCAGAAGUGCUAUGUCUUACUUUUUCGGUGCAUUUGUUGAUCUUCUAAAGCGAUUUAACGUCAAUGAGGAUGAGGCCAAGUAUGCAGAAGUUACUCCUCUGUGGGAAGACUAUGAGCUGAGGGGGUUUGCACCGGUAGCUUGUGCACAUGCAUCACUAGAUUUCUCAUCUCAUUGGGUAUAUAUAGACAAAUUUGACACUGCAAUUGAUUGUCGUGCUCAGCGCAUCAUCAAUGCUGCAAUUAAAAUUGCAGACAAAUCAAUUGGUUCUCAAAAGUGGAUUGUUUAUGACAAAUCUGGAAGAGAAUUUAGCAAAGUCUAUAGGGCAGAGUCAAAAGAAUAUCCAGAACUAGAAAGAUUGGAGUCCAACAACUCUGAUGUUAAUCAGAAAGUGCCUAGUCAGCCUAUUCAUGAAGCACCAGAAGAAAGUGAGAAACAGAUGAUUGCUGGGGACAAUUCAAGUUCUAAUGGAAAAUCUGUUACUAUCGAAGAUGAAGAAGUUAUUCUCUUCAGGCCUCUUACGAGACAUAAUUCAGCACCACUCAAGAUUUCCUCUGCUUUAAAUGAUCCAACCCCUACAAAAGGUAUGGGGGAUCAUAGUGUACCUUCUGAUGAAUGCUUGCGCCGUGCUACGUCACUUCUUAUCGCUCAAAACCAGGCUCAGAUUGAUCCUUUAUCUUUUCAUGCCGACAUAACUAAUUUUACGCGCAGCCAGCAGGAGCCUCGUGUACAGGAUAGAGUUGCACAGCCAUUUUUGGAAACUCCAAUCGCCGCUGGGCCUCCCUCGCUUAGUGCUUGGGUCCUUGAUGGAGGAAAUAUGAGCAACAAUAGGGAGAAAAGCACAAGUGGUAGUGGGAAACAUGGCUCAAGGUUGAGCCCUAUUGAGGAAAUAGCAUCAGAAUCUUUGGAUGGUCUGUCCAUCAGUGAAAAUGGAUUUGCAAGCAUCCAACCCUCUUCAUCUACUUAUACAGCUCCUGUGCCUUCUGCCCCUCUAUUGCCAGAUGAUGCUGACUGGUUUAAUGGUGGAAUUCAAUCUAGUUUUAUCAACUGCGAAAGCUCUGGGGGGAUUAGCAUGACAGAUAAUGUCUGUGAUGCAUCACAUUCGCCCAUAGGCAGCUAUCCAAAAUGGACUGCAACUCAAGGGCCACCAAAUUAUAGUCCCAGCACUCCAGGCUUCAUGGAUAAAUACCCACCUUGGCAUCGAAUGACUUCAUCAGAAUGGCUCCGUCAGUACAGAGAAAGUCUCAACCUUGGCCAUCAUGCAUGGCCAAAUUCUCUUCAUCCUCCUGCCAACCCUGGAAACUUGUAUGAUUACGAUACUUACAGGUUUCAUCAUAUCAACCGUUGGGGAAAUCAUGCGGCUUCUAAUCCAGCAAUGCACACGAACAACCCUACAUUGCGUCCGGCUUUUCCUCCAGAUUAUGGUGAUGCAGAUGGGCAAAGAAGGGAGAAGCUUGUUCCUGGUUACCAGAGGACAAGCCCCUACGGUUGUGGUGCUGUGAAAGACCUAAAAAAUGAGCAGAGGCCUCUUCUGCAGUACCUUAAGGAGAUGGAAAGGCAACUGCAGCUGGAUCCUACUGGCAGAGGUCCUACUUAUAUGAACAACUGAGAUUUUCAUACGCAUGAUAUAUGCAUUUGUAUAUUAACUUGUUAACUAAUUAGCGCUUAAGCGCUAUUGUAUUAUAAUUUAUAAUAUAUACUGUAAGGGGAUGAAGUUGUGAAAUCAUGCUGUUCACAAUUUUAUGAAAUGAAUUUCUGGAAAAUGCAAUAUGCAAUAUGCAA